CGAUGAAGAAGAUCUGCGUUUAAAAUGGUACGAUGGAGAAGAGUAACGGAACCAAGUAGGACGCUUAUAGGUACUGUCGAUAUUACCAUAGGGAAGGUCCCGCAGGUCAUUCAGCGCCAGAAGUAGACGACCAAGGCCGAACCGGAAUGAAAGCUCGAGUCGUCCGAGACGAGUUCCCUGCAUUGAAUAAUAAAAAAGAAUCGCACAUGGGGAACGUGACAAUAUCACAUAUGAAUGAACCUGUAGGAAAAACUACAAUCGAUAAGGCGUACCUGUUUAUCGAGAGCAAGUGCGUCAUUGAUCGCACAAUCAUUGAUAGUAAUCCUGACCGACCGGUGGUUGUUCCAGCAAUGCAAAUUAUAGGCUCGCAUGCAAAGUUGUUCUCUGUUCGUCUGGCUGCUCCGGGUCUCUACGUCGUCGUGAGUGAAGGUUCGUGUACCUUGCCGACAACUGUGGAUACUUUUCGAGAUUUGCGGGAAGUAUACAUUUUGCUUCGAAAAUUCAAGGAUGCCUCUGUGGAUCUAUCGAAUGCACUAAUUUACAGCAAUCGUGCAGACGAUUUAAAAAAGGAACAUCUCCGGGAUACGUGGAUGCCUCCGCGAAGUGGUGUGAGAAUUUCGCCCUUGCCCAAAUAUCUGCUGCAAUCGAUCGGAGAGAGCAGCGAUUAAUGACGUCGAAUAAUCAAGACUCCACGUCUUUCAUAGGUACUUUCACAUCAUAUGAAUACCUCCUCACUUCCACCGUCCACAUUACGACAUCGUUCUUCUUUUCCUCCUUCUUCAGCACAUUCACCACAACAAUGUCAACAACAAGACGAGUCACUAUAAGCACAUCUAUCACGCAUAAAUCAUUCCUCUUGUCGUCUUCAUGCCUUCAAAUCAAAUGAACAUCAAACUUAAGCUCAUCGAAAUUAAUAUGUUACAAGGGACCGUAUCAACGCAUGGAUCCCAAUUUUAUACCUAUACAGUAAUUGGAAAUUAGGAGGACACUAAAUUUCUCGUGUCUCAAAUGGGUCACAAGUG